CUCGAAAAAAGUAGAACGUCCGACUUUGAUUAAAAGAAAUCUCGAGGUAACGAUGCUUUUAUACUUACGCGACAAUUAUUUGUGUAGAACAGGAAUGUGUGCACAAGUGGAAAAACAGCUUGAAUACAAAUUGCUUACAUAGAAUUGUGAUAUCGUGAACAUGUUCAGCAGCCUGUUCCCGAUAUUUUCAUUUUUCGCAGAAUCAGAAGUGCCCAUUGAGAGAAUUCUGCGCUUAUCAGAAAUAUUUCGUUCUAAUUCCUUGAACAGUCAUCGUUAAAUGUACGCACGAUGGCUUCCCUGACAAACAAACGAUGUCAGCAAUUUGCGAUAUAACCGAAACGGUAGAAUCUUAUAUCUCCGCGUGAGGCAUAGUUUGAUUUCCUGCUUUAUUUCUACGUUUUCAUAUUCUUUAAUCUCGUAAUUUAGCUACACUUAUUUAUACUGCACAAAGUCAUUUUUCUUUCCCCAGUGGAUUGCUUAUAUAAGUAGAGUGCGGAUUUUAUGAAAUAAUCUAUUAUGCUGGAAGUAUAAACGUUGCAUAAAAAUAUGCAAGAUAUAAAAAGCGAGUGUAUAUUGCAAUGCUUAAAUGAUGAAGAAAACUGUAAUCUGAAAUGGAUUUUUGUAGCUGACUACUUUAAAUCUUCUAUUUUGCAUAAAAAUCCGCUGUCUAUUUACGAGUUAAGGCUCGAACUUUUGUGUGAACACAUAUGAGAUCGUUAGUUUUUGAAGAGGUGAGUAAACCCGCCGUUGAGUCGGCUUGAAAUUUACUUUUUCGCGAUAAGCUAAAAGGUGAGGCCCCCGGCCGCAAACAAUUUUUCACGAUCGCUACACUCAAUAUCGUGGCCAAAGGCUUAUCUGUUCCUCCGGCUUGUUUUUCCUACCUCGAUUUCUCUAUCCCUAAGUGGGACGCGGUCGCGCGCGACGAGAUAUUAAUUCGUACAGCGUUCGCACGACGGAGGACAGAACGUGGAUCUACUUGGUAAAAUCCACUAACAAGUCAAUGUGUAUCUGGACCUUAGUAGCAGAUUUUAUCAAUUCGAAGAAAGAACAAAUGUAAUUAUGUAGGUUCUUGCAUAAGAAAACAAUCGUUAUAAAUGUACAUUAGGUGAAUAUCAGCAAUUCUCAGUAUUUAGUCAUUUUCAUUCAAAUACCGUUGCUAAUUUCCGAGAAAAAGAUUUGGGAAUGUUGGGAUCUCAUCAGACUCCAUCACUAUACAGAUUUUAUGACUACUAGUAAUUCUCACAAUCAGUGUUUAGUCAUUUUCUGAUUCAACGUGUCGGGCUGAUUGUGUCCACGAUGAAAGCCUACGUUUGCCCUGGGUUAUUCUUCGGCCAUUGUACGCUGUCCAUAAAUUUUCCAUUCCCUUAUUCCUUGGUUCGUACUCUUUCUUGCCAUGCGACCUACGGAACUUAAGGUACGACAAAGAGCAAGAGGACUUCCCAGUGAUUGAAAGAAGAGGGCCGCAUUGUACUGUCUCCUUCUCCUUUGCCAUUUAAAAAGUCAGACGUGCAGUGGGAGAGGUAUCGACAGAACAAGACCGCUGGAUAGACUGAGAACGCCGAAGACAUAUGGUGGGAGACAGGAUGAGGUAGUGGUAAAUACGGCCCUGCGUGAUACACAGCUGAUCAGUCGUUCCGCGGCGGACGAGUUGUUUUGGUUGGGUAGACGUAACGAUUUUUGCUCGGACCGCGGGUGUGCGUGAAAUCGCGGGUGUGCGUGCGUUCUCUUUAUCAAACGGGAUAUGACAGAGGUCUGUGCAUAAAGAAUUCCUGCAUACAUGCCAUUGUUCACGUGCUCUAUGCAAUUUGACGGUGAAUCAAAAGCAAGAGGCGGUGGUACUGUAACCCCGGUGAAACUGCAGACAACAUCGGCGCAUUGCGGGUUGCCGUUAACGGUGGCGUCGGGUCACUCGCAUCGAAGAUAUUUUCCUCUUUUUCGAAGGAAAUCGCAGGGAAGGGUCUAUGACCGGCUCACGGGGCUCGCUUUAUCAGAAAAACGGAAAAGGCAAUAUAGGUGCGACCGCGAGCGUCGGAUCGAGAUUGAUGAAGUGUCCGUGGCAAUCAGAGAGGAAGACACGGCUGCCGAUUCCGCUAUUUGUGAAUAUUGAUAUCUCCUACACGAAUCGUAGCCUGAAUCUGUUGUAAAUCAGAAUUUCUCUCUGUUAUACUUUCGUUCGCCACUUUUCACGGUUAUCUGUGUUCACGCGGGUGCUUCCUUUCAAUUCCUUUUUUCCUCGUGGUAAAUCACCGCGAAUUGGUUUCGCUUUUCUUCGUUUGUAAAAAUUUUAUGCGAUUGUGUGUGCGCGCUACCGCGCCGCUUUGACGAGAAAAAGGAAAGGUCGAUGACAAUGCAACGAGUCCAAGAUCAAGACAAUGGAAUCAACAUCAAAUUUAGUUCGAGCAAGAAGGGAAGCUACAGGCUGGUGUCACAGCACAACGAAAAUGAGAAGAAAAGUAAUUUCAACGGGACCAAUAAGCAAGUUAAAAAUGUAACAGCCGAGGAAGACUUAGUCCCACCAGACGGAGGCUGGGGAUGGCUUGUGCUUUUGGCAUCUGUUAUGGUUAAUCUACUCAUACCAGGAACAGUAAAAUCUUUCGGUGUUUUAUUUGUCGAAUUCCUUGAAGUUUUCGAUGCCUCGCCUGCUGCUGCUGCUUGGAUACCAGCGUUAUGUUACUUUUUAUACAGUUCACUUGGACCCCUGUCCAGUAUAUUAUCAGUUAAAUAUUCUUAUCGGACAGUAACUUUGCUGGGAGGAACCUUCGCUGCUGCGGGGAUGAUGUUAAGUUAUUUUGCAAACUCCGUGGCCUUUUUAUGUGUUAGUUAUGGGGUCCUGGUAGGAACCGGAGCAGGUCUGUCUUUCCCUCCAACCGUGUACAUAGUAACUUCGUACUUCGUGCGGCUCCGCGGUCUUGCGAACGGGCUCUGCAUUUCUGGUAGCGCAUUAGGUUCGAUAUUUCUUCCGCCUGUCAUCGGAAUUCUCCUACAAGAAUAUGGUUACAGAGGCGCGGUAUUAAUAUUGGGCGCUGUCACUUUAAAUGUUUGGGCGAGCGCUCUUUUGUACGAACCGGUGGAAAAGCACAUGGUGCCAGCCUCGUCGUCAGCGAAAGCCGACGACGUUGACCCGGAGAACGCUAUGUCAAUGACGAUAGCUAGCCCGGAAGACGAGAAGCAAACGAACUAUGUUAUUGCUUCGAACGAGAAAGCCGCACCGAUCGUGCCAAAAAGCGCGUCCAGCGUCGCGUUAGAAUAUUACAAGAACACGCCCGUACAGGGCCGUACGAGGAAGAUCAGCAUGCCCACGGGACGGGAGAUAACCGGGCAGAUGCACAGCACGCCAGCAUUGCACGCGGUCCCGGAACGCGGCGCUGACUCAAGACUGUCCAGGCGUCAGAAAUCUCCAUUCCAAUCUCCGAGCACAUCGUCAUUCAAUUAUAUCAGCACACCUUAUCACGGCAGCACGCUGUCCGCGCUACAUCCUGAGAUGACGUCCACGUUGACACUGAACGCGAUAUCGAGCACGUUCACGAGAAAAGGCGCCGAGGAGACGACCAAAGACGAAAACAAAGAAAGCAAGAAAUUCUUCGAUUUCAGUCUAUUAAAGGAUCCUAUUUAUUUGGUGAUCCUGAUCUCGAAUUCAACGAACGCGGUCAGCUACACGAACUUCGUUAUAUUACUACCGGCGUACGCGAUCUCGCUAGGUUUUGACAAGAACAUGUCCAAUCUGCUGCUUUCUACCGUGUCGAUCCUAGACUUGAUAGGACGUAUUGGUGGUUCCGCUCUCUCCGAUGUCGCGAUCAUGCCGAAGCACUGGUACUUCGUUGGAGGUUUACUUAUAUCUGGAAUCUCGUUAGCUCUGCUCCCAUUAGCAAAGACCUACUCCCUCUUGUCGGUUUCUUGCGGCGUUUUCGGCUUAGCAUCCGGUAUUUACGUCGGCAUCACUGCGGUCAUUAUGGCUGAUAUGUUGGGGACCGAAAAGUUGACCUCUUCUUACGGUAUCUCGCUAUUCGUUAACGGUAUCAUACAGCUAAUCGGGCCACCGAUUUGCGGCAUCAUAUAUGAACAGAUCCAUAGCUACGGGCCGAUCUUCAGCAUUCUAGGAAUCAUUCUAGUGGUGGGCGCGUCGUUAUGGGGCUUCGUUCCGUUCAUUAGAAGGAGACAGAGAAACGCGGCGAAGGAGGCGUGUCAGCCGGAAAAGUUGUAGCGCGUCUCACCGAUGGAAUUGAGCAAUUAUAAUAGCCAACGGUCAGUUUAAUUGCGGUACGAUCAUUAUAGGGACGAAAUCUAAUUGUCUAUAACGAUAAGUGGUAACGAGAAUACAAUUAUGGAAUACUGUGAUGUUAGAAUGAAUGUUUAUCAAUGUACAUAUACACCACUGGCACUGUGAUGUUAUAUAGACGAUCCACGCGCACAUUUUCAGGUGGAUUGAUAAGAAGACAAUUUUCGAAAGAUAUAUUUUUAAGAAACACGAUCGUUUCUUUUUCUCAUUGGAAGUAUCUUGCCUUAUUCUUGAAAAAGAAAAAUGAACACUUAUUCAGCGAAAGUAAAUUGUUGUUGCUAUUAAAACGAACACACGGACAUAUAAUUAAUAGGCUGCGGAUCUUAUGCAUUUAUAACAAAAUUGGGUAUGUAAAAACCGUAAAAAAUACAUGUAGUGGAGAAAAGUGCAUAAAUAUCAACUGUAAAAUGCAUAGCAUGAUGUUUAAAUUAUGAAAGGAUAUUCUCAGUAAAUAUCACUUAUUAAAUUGAUACCUUAAAACUUGUAUUUUGCAAAAAAAUCCACAGUCUAAUGAUUAAGUAAGUACUUAGUUCAACGGCGCACUGCAUCGUGGUGCUAUUGUCAAAAAAAGAAUAUGAAAGAUGCAAUAAUAUAAGUUGGUGCAUGUAAAAUGUUCUUAGCAUAUGUAUAAUAUGUAAUUGUAAAAAGCAAAGUACUUUAUACAGACCUCUAAGAAACGGGGAUAAGUAUGCUGUAUUUCCUAUUGUUAUAUACACGUGAAUAGAUCAGUCAAUUUUUGUUAUAAAUUCGAUUUGUUUGUAAGCCACCGAAAAAUAUGCCUUACAAUUAGAAAAUAAGCACUUUGUAAUUAUCAAAUUAAGUUUAUAUUAUACAAUAUGUAAAAUAAAUAACAAUACAAAAUACGUAUUCUUCAUUUGGAGCAUACGACACAGAAAA